AUGUCUUUCGGUCGACCACCAACGUUUUCCGACUUCAAAGUAUCACCACCCGAACGAGGCUCCUUCCCGUUGGAUCAUGAGGGUGAAUGCAAAACCGUCAUGCAAGAGUACAUGAACUGCAUCAAGUACAACGGCAACGACAAUGGGAAAUGUCGACACCUUUCCAAGGCGUAUUUGCAAUGUCGUAUGGACAAGGGUUUGAUGGAGCAGGACAACAUGGACAACCUCGGGUUCAAGGACGUCAUCGAUCCCCCUUCCAGCGGAACUUCGAACGCUGCUGCAGACAGACGCGCCAGUCAGGGCAGAUCCGCUCACUCCGGAACCACCCCGAGCUACGCCGGCGACACUCACGGUGCAGAGGGCCACGUCAGCAGCUCAAAGGCAGGCAGCGGUAGCCCCGCAGACGAAGCGAAUAGAGGACCAAACGCCGGCUUGGGAAAUGCCAAGGGGUUCGUCAGUAAACAGGCAGGCAGCUAUGCCGGUGAUAGCUCUGGAAGAGGUGGUGCUGGACGACUCGUUUGA